AUGAAAAUAAUGAUCAACAAUUACUCAAUUCAACAAAUUCAAAUUGUUCAAUAAAUUCAAAUAGCGAAUCACAAACUGGCAGAUUAAUUACAUUGCCAUCAUACUCAUUAUUAAUAUUUGCACCACCACCUUAUCCGUUAGAUCCACCAUCAUAUUCUACUGUAUUACGUGCUGGAGAAUCAAGAUGUCCAGUACCAUCGAUAAUGGACUAUUUACUUGGUCCAUCAGCCCCAUUUAUUGCACCAAGUCCACCACCAACAUAUAAUGAAGCUAUUGGUGUACCUGAUGAACCUGAUAUGGGAGAGUGUAUUGACAUACCAGUAAUAAAUCCAGUGUUCCUAGGAUGCGAUCCAGUGCAAACAGUUUGUCCACAAUGUAUUCAACCAGUCGAAACAGAAAUUCGGUCAUUUAAUACGAAAUUCACACACAUUACUGCAUUGACGUUAUUUAUUAUUGGUUGUUUGCCAUGCUUUUUGCUACCAUAUUGUUUUUCAUAUUUUAAGAAAACGUUACAUUACUGUCCAAUUUGUGGAUAUUAUUUUGGAACUUAUACACCAUUAUCUACAGAUCAAGGAAGUUAUUCAAAUUAUUUUUAG